AUGCACCAGGUGAGUGUGUCCAUCUUUCUUUUUUUUUCCACCAAUUUUUUUCGCUUCCUCCCAAUUUUCCUAUAUUUGUUGUUCUUUCUUUCUUUCUUUCUUUCUUUCUUUCUUUUUUUCUUUCUUCUUGCCUAUAUUUCUUUUGACUUUCUUUCUGUUUUUUCUUCUUUUUCAAUCUGUUUCUAUUUUAUUUUCUUUCUUCUUUCUUACCAUAUCUUUUCACGCAGCAGUUUAGUAUUAUUUCCUUCAUUCAUAUAUUUAUUCUUUCUUUCUUUUUUCUUUCUUUCUUUCCUUCUUUCUCAAUUCUUUCUUUCUACAUCCUUUCUUGUCUUCACGGUUCGGUUUUCCUUCUUUUUCUUUCUACUUUCCUUUCUUGUUUCAUUCGGACUUCCAUAUUCUUUCAUUCCUUCUUUCCUUUAUUCUUUCUUUCUGUUUUUUUCUUUCCUUAAUUUAAUUCAUUCUUUUACUUUAACAAAGUUUCCCUUUCUUUCAUUCUUUCUUUUUCGAUUGAUUUUUCGAAUCUUUCUUUCUUUCUUUCCAUCUUUCUUUCUUUAUUUCUUUCUUUCUUUCUUUCUUUUAUUCUUUCUUUCUGUCUUUUUUCUUACCUUCUUAGAUUUAUUUUCUUUCAUUCUUUCUUACUUUAACAAAGUUUCCCUUUCUUUCAUUCUUUCUUUCAUUCGAUUGAUUUUCGAAUCUUGGUUUGCUUUUUCUUUCUUUCAUUCUUUCUUUUUUCUUUCUUUUCUUUCUUUCAUUUUCUUUUCUUUCUUUAAGUGGUUUCUUUUUCUUAAAUCCUGUCUCGUCCUUUCGCUGUUUCUUUUUUUUUCUUUUUUCUUUCUUUUUUUCUUUCGAUUUUUCUUUUCUUUCUUUCUUUUUCUUUUUUUUUUUUUUUCUUUCUUUCUGUUUUUUCUUUCCUUCUUAGAUUCAUCUUCUUCCAUUCUUUCUGAUCCUUCACGUAGUUUGCUUUUCUUUCAUUCAUUCUUUCUUUCUUUCUUUCAUUCUUUCUUUCUUACCUUCAGGCAGUUUAGUAUUCUUUCCUUCAUUCAUCUAUUCUUUCUUUCUUUCUUUCUACAUCGCUGUUUAGUAUUCUUUCAUCUAUCCAUUCUUUCUUUCUUUCUUUCUUUCUUUCUUUCUUUCUUUCUACAUCCUUCCUCAUCUUCACGCAGUUGGGUUUUCUUUCUUUCUUACCUUCAUUUUCUUUCAUUCUUUCUUGCCUUCACUCACUUUGUUUUCUUUCCUUCAUUAAUUCAUUCUUUCAUCCUUUCUCACUUGCUUUCUUUAUUACUAUAUACUUUCGCGCCUUCACGCAAUUCGGCUUUCUUUUUCUUUCUUUCUUUCUUUCUUUCUUUUUUCUUUUUUUUUUCUUUUUUAUUUCUUUCUUUCUUACAUUCUUUCUAUCUUUCAUUCUUUCUUUCUUUCUUUCUUUUUUAUUUCUUUCUUUCUUACAUUCUUUCUAUCUUUCAUUCUUUCUUUAUUUCAUUCGUUCUUACUUUACGAAGUCUGGCUUUCUUUCAUUCAUUCAGUCUUUCUUGCUUGCUUGCUUUCCUUCUUACUCUAUCCUUUCUCGCAUUCACGCAGUUCGGUUUUCUUUUUCCUUUUCUUUUUUUCUUUCUUUCUUUUUUCUUUCUUUCUUUCUUUUUUCUUGAAUCGUUUCUUCCUAACCUAUUUCUCGAUGACGUUCUUUGUUUUUCUUCUUCUGGUGGAUUCCUUUUCUUCAUCAACUUUUUCUUUUCAUUUUCUUUCUUUAUUCUUGUCGCUCGUCGUUUUUAG